AUGGGAAAAGAAAAAGAAGAUCAUGAACAAAAUAUGGUGAAGAGGAGUAAUGAUUUAAAAAGGAAAAAUAAUAAAAAUUAUAAUAUAAAUAAUAACAUAGGUAAUAAUAAAAGUGAUAAUAUAAAUAAUAAUAUAAGUAAUAAUAUGUGUAAUAAUAUAAGUCAUAAUAAUCAUGAUAUUAUUAAAACGGAACAUUUAAAAAAUAUGAAUAUUAUGAAUAACCAUAUGGAUAAUAAUUAUAAACAUAAAAAUAAUGGAUUGAAUAUUUAUAAUAAAAAAAAAAAGAAAGGUUAUAAUGAGGAUGAAAAUUUAAAAACAAAUACUAAAGAAACAUAUGACAUACUUUAUUCUUAUUUAAAAUUAUCAGAAAAAAGAAGCUUACAACAAUCAGAUAUGAUAAAAGAUAAGAUGUCUGAGCAAGAUUUGUUUAAAAAGGUAUUUUCACAAGAAUUAAAAAAACAUAAUAUAGAUUUAAUUAUGAUAAAUAAUAAAUUAUAUAUAUGUAUAAAGUUUAUUCAAAAUAUUGAGAAUUUAAUACCAUAUUUUAAAAGAGAAAUUUUUUUUAAAACAUUGAGAGGAAAUAAUAUUAUAUUAUUACUAGCCAAAAAAUAUGAAGUAACAGAAGUUUUAAUAAAAAGUCUAUAUUUAAAACAAACCAUUUCAGAAUUCUUUACAAAAAAUUAUACAAUUGAAGAAUUUAUUGUUCGUAAUAAUUUUAUGAACAAAUAUGUAAUAUAUAAAAAUAUAGUUAUUAACAAUUUUUUUCCUUUACAAAAGAAUAAUACAAAUGAUAAUUCUAUAAAAAAAAAUAAAGAUAAUAAUAAUAAUAAUAAUAAUAAAAUAUAUAUUGAUCAUGAAGAUAUAAAUAAUUUUGUCGAAUAUGUUCAUGAUCUUGAAGAAAAUCAAAAAUAUUCAUCACACACAUUUGAAAAAAAAUCAUAUAAAAAAAAUAUAAAAUACAUAGAAAGUAUUGAAAAAUCUCACAAUAAUAAUAAAGCACAAUAUAUUCAAGAGUGUGAAAAGGCAAAUACACAAAAUGAAAAAAUUCCAUAUUUGAAGCAAAAAAAAGGAAUAAAUAAAUAUAACAAGGAAAAGGAUAAAAUAUGUGAUGAUUCUAACUUCAACAGCAAUAUGGAACAUAUUAAUGUGUUAGAUAAUAACAUGUGUAAUAAAAAAAAUAUAAAAAAGUUCAAAAAGAAUAAUAUGAUCGAAUUUAUGGUUGACAAUUAUGUAAUUAAUGAUGUUUCAAAUAAAAUGAACAGUCAUAAUAAAUCGCUACAACCAAGUAAUAAUUAUUCUUCAUUCAAAAUGCCAGAUGACAACAAUCAAAUUAAUAAUAAUAUAAUCUCUAAUGUAAUAUUAAAUAAUGAAUUCAAUUUGGAUGUAAAAAAAUGUAAAACUACAGAAAAAAGGAAAUACACAAAACGAUUAAGUAAAACGGAUGAAGGAGAUAUGUUAAAAUUUGUAAAGGAAAAAAAAAAAAUAUUAAAUAAAGAAAAAAAAAUGAAAGCAAAUGAAGACAAAAAGCAAAAGAAAAAAGAAAAAAUUACGAAAAAAAAAGAACUUUUAAUGCUGGAAAAAGAAAUACGAAAGAAAUUGAAAGAAGAAAAAAAAUUAAAAGAAAAAGAAGAAAAGAAAAAGGAAAAAGAAAAAUUAUUAAAAAGUGAAAAAGAAAUUAGAAAGAAAAUAAGGGAAGAUAGGAAAAGACAAAAAGAAGAAUUUCUCAGAAAAAUGAAAGAAGAAAAAAAAAAAUUAAGAGAGGAAAGAAAAAAAUUAAAACAAGAAAUUUUAAAGAGUAUUAAAGAAGAAAGGAAAAAAUAUAAAGAACUCAAAUCUAAAUUUAAAAAAAUUAGUAAAAAUGAGAAUCAUUUAUCUAAAGAUAAAAAAAAAAAACAAAAAAAAAAUGAUGAAUCGAAUCAAUCAAAUAUGAAUAAAAAUGUAUAUAGUAAUGAUAAAAAAAAAAAAAGGAAGAAAAAUCAUGAUAUCUCAUUAGGUAUAAAAAAAAAGAAAUGUACUAAAAAUGAUUUAUUAUUUAAUUCUAUUGAUGAUAUAAAAAGUGAUUCAUUAUCUGUUAUUAGCUCCUUUCCAACUUUUGAUAAUAUUGAAAAAGAAUCAGAGGAUAGGAACCAAAUAAAUAAUCUAUUAGAAUUAAUUGAAAUUAACAAAAUUGUAAAUACACAAGAGAAGAAUGAUUACAUAAAAAAUUUGAAAAAAUCAAAGUCAAAAGGUGUAAAUAUAAAUAAAGAGAAAAUAAAACAAAAUCAAAAUUUAUCAAAAGGAAAUAAUAAAUUGAUUACAGAAAAGGAUGAAAAUGAUCCAUUGGAUCCAAUAAAUUCUCAAUUAAAUAUGAAUGGUUUUUUAAUUAAUAAUAUGAAAACAAUAAAAAAAAAAUACAAAAAAAAAAAUGUUCCAAAGGAAGAUGUUCCAAAGGAAGAUGUUCCAAAGGAAGAUAUUCAAAAUGAAAAUAAUUCAAACAACUAUAUUUUAAAUCAAGAUACUUGCAAUAAAAAUAUUAUACAUUCAAACAAUUCAUUACACAAUAUAGAUAACAUGUAUUAUAAUAAAAAUACGAAGAAAGCAGAAAAACAAAACAAAAAUGAUAUAAACGAAUUAAUAUUAAAAGGGAUGAAAUGUUUUGGAGAUAUAAAAAAUUUAAAAAGUUUAGAAAAAGUUUUAGGAAUAAAUCAAUCAAAACGUAAAAAUAAAAUCGACUCACUGGUGCCUAUACCUAAUAACGUUAUUGAAAAAAAUGUAGCAAAAAAAAUAGUUUUGAAUAAACAUGAACAUAUAAAAAAUAAUGAUGAUGUAAAAAAAAAAGUCAAAACGAAAAAAAAUAUAUCUUUAUUUGGAAUAGUAAAACCACAAGAUAUAAUAAAAAGAGGUCUAAAUAAUAUAUAUCAUAAUAUUGAAGAUAAUCAAAAGUUAUAUACCGAUGUUCUAAUUAUAGGUGCAGGUAUAUCAGGAUUAGCUGCUUCCUAUUAUUUAAAUAAAUGUAAUGCAAAAUUUUUAGUUAUUGAAGGUCGAAAUCGUAUAGGAGGUAGAGCAUUUUCAACUAUAUUACCAGAAAGAAUUAUAAAUAAUAAAAUAUUACCAGAAACAGUAGUUGAUUUAGGUGCGAAUUAUUUACAUUGUUGUGAUAAUGCCGAUUUAUCUAAUGAUAAAAAAGGAAAGAAAAAAUCUGAGUUCAAAAAUUUUAGUGAGAUGAGUAAUGAGAAAAUUAUUCCAACAGAAGAGGAUAUAGAAUGUGAAGAUAACUUUAUUUGGAAUAUGAAAAAAAAAACGAAAAAAAAAAAAAAUAAAGUUAUAGUUAAUAAAAGAAAAAAUAAAAAAAAUAAAGAUAAUUGUAAUGAUAAAAAUAAAAAUGGGAACAUUUCAAUAUAUGAUAUACAAAAAGAAUAUGAAACAAAUGUAACUUUAUUUAAAGAAGAAUAUUCAAAAUUGAUUAAUGAUUUUGCAUGCUUUCCUUAUUCUGAAUAUGUUAAUAAUUCCAAACAGGAUGAAUAUAAUAAUGAUGAUAUGAUGAAUAACUUUUACGAUGAAAAUAAAAACAUGUAUAGAUACUAUAAUAUUUAUAAUAAUAUAUAUAGUAACGCCAAUAUAUAUAAUAAUCAAAGGUGUUACAGUGAUGGAGAUUAUUUUUAUAGUAGACGUAUAAAAAAUAAGAGAAAAAUAAAAUUGAGAAAUAACAUGCUAUUUAUGAUAAAAAAUAAUAUUGAUAAUAUACGUAAUUAUUUUAAAAUAUAUAAUAAAGAUAAGAAAGAUAAUAUAUUAAAUUUCUUUAAAAGUUUAGAUGAAGAUAUCCAUUUUUAUAAUAAUUUAAGUGAUACUUGUGUAAACGUAUCUUCUCAGGUGAAUGCAAAAAAUAAGUAUACAAACAAGUCAAAUAAAUUAUUAAAAAUAUUAUCAUUUAAUAAAGACACUAGAAGGAGAAGAGAAUAUGAUAAAUCGGUUACAAAACUAGCCGAAAAAUUAAAACCAAGAGUUUCUUUAGUUUGUGGCAAGGAUAACUGGGAGUCAACUUUUUACGCACACUGGUAUAAUAAUGAAAAUGGAAAAAAAAUUAAAAGUUUUAAAAUUUAUAGAGUGAAUUUGUUAUGUGAUAAAAUAAGAGUAAGAGCUGCUCGAAAAAUUAGAAAAUAUUUAUUUAUUGGUCCUAAUAGUAUUGAAGAAUAUGUAAAUGAUAUAAAAGGGGAGGAUCAUGAAAAGAGUAAUAAUAAUUAUAUAAGUGAUGAUACAAAUGAAAAAGAAAGUGAUUAUUUCAAUAAUAGUGAUAUAUUUAAAGAAGAUAAACAAAUGAAUAAUAAUAAUAUUGUUAUUGAUGAUACGUACAAUAAAGAAAUAUUAUUUAAUAAUAAUUACGAAACGAAUGAUAAAAGAAAAGAAAAUAUAAUAAUUCACAAGGAAAAUUUUGAAGAAGAUGAUUCAAAUAAUAAUGAUAUAGAUGGUGUAUAUAGUAUAAAUGAUUUAUUUAAUAAAAACAGUAAUGGUGAUAUGAAAAUGGAACAUUUAAUUGGAAAGGAAUAUAAAGAAAAUGAAAAAAAUGGAGAUAGUGAAAAAAAUGGAGAUAAUGAAAAAAAUGGAGAUAAUGAAAAAAAACCAAAUAAUGAUAAAAUAUUAAAGAAACAUUUAACUAGUUCAAAAAAGAAAACAUCCAAAGUUGAUAUGAAUAAUAUAUUAAAUUAUGAUAAGAAUGCUAUAAUAUAUAAUAAUUAUUAUGAUUAUGGUGAUAUAUAUAAUAAGGUUGUAAGAAACGUAUCAUGUAUUAAUAAAAAUAUUGAAGAUGAAGAAGAGAAAAAAAGAAUAAUAAAACAAGAAGAUAUAUCAAAAACUGAAUUAUUUUAUAAUAAUAAAAAAAGAAGAAGUAUGUGGGAUUUAUUAAUGGAAUGUACAGAAGAAAUAUUUAAUGAAAUGGAUAUAAAUCAAGAAAAUUUUACAAUGGAAGAAUGGAAAAUGUUAAUGGUAACAUUACAAUCAAGAUAUGGUUAUGGAAGUGAUUUAAGAGAAACAUCUAUAGCAAUGUCAAGAUUACCAUUUUCUAAUUAUUUAGAUAUUGAUAUAUGUCCAAAAUAUGGUAGUAAUAAUUAUAUAUUAAAAAAUAAAAAAUAUUAUGACAGAAUCAAAAAAAAUGAACAAACACCUUAUAUUAGUUCAUUUAAAGAUUUAAAUACUUCAGAUAAAAUUGUUGUUGAUGGUUGGAAAUGGCUAAUUAAUUAUUUAUCAGAAGAUAUUCAAAAUAAAAUUUUCUUAAAUACAGUUGCUGAAUUGGUAUAUAUAAAAGAUAAAAAUAAUGAUAAAUACAUAUAUCAUAUGGAUAAUGAAAAUUAUGAGAUUAAUCAGAAUAACAAUUUAUCUUUUUUAAAUACCCAAGGAAAUAAUAUUAAUAAUACACAAAGUGUUGAUAAUAAUUAUAUAAGUGAUUCUCAUGUAACAAAAAAUAAUGACAUAUUUAUAACAAAAAAUGAAAUGUCAAGUAAGAGUAUACAAUAUAUAGAUGAGAAUUUUUUAAUAAAUCAUUUAAUAAAAGAAGAUUAUAAAUUAGGAGAAAAUAAAGAAGAGGAUUAUAAAGUUAUGAUUAAAUGUAAAUGUUAUGAUACCAAUUUAAAAAAUAUUAAUAAACAUUUUCAUGGUACUUCAGAUUUAAAUAAUUGUAAUAAUAAAAAUAUAACAAUUUAUGCAAAAUAUGUAAUAGUAGCUUUACCACUUGGAUGUUUAAUAGAUAAUGAUAAAAAAAGAAAAUUAAAAACAUGCUUAAAAUUUAAACCAGAAUUACAUCCAUUAAAAUUGAGAGCAUUACAAAAUUAUAAAAUGGGAAAUCAUAAUAAAAUUAUAUUAAGAUUUUAUCCAUAUAAUUUUACAUGGCCUUUUGAUAGUUUACAAAUAAAUUGUAUUGAUCAAAAAUUUCAAUUUUUAAAUUUACAUGCAUAUGGGAAAAUUGGAUGUAUAUUAGUUCAUUGUUUCCCACCUUGGUCAUGUACAUAUGGAUAUAUUAAAAAAGAAUAUUAUAUAAUAAAUGAAUGUUUAUAUACAUUAAAUAAAAUGUUUGAAAAAAGUGGGAAGAAAUUACCAAUAUUAGUUGAUUAUAUUAUAACCAAAUGGCAAGAUGAUAAUUUCUCUUUUGGUUCAUAUGCAUAUCCAUAUAUAAAUUGUAAUGAUAAUGAUUUAAUAUAUUUAAGAUCACCUCAUCCAAUUAAUAAUCCAAGGGUUGUUUUUUGUGGAGAAUAUCUAUCCAAGAGUUAUUUUCAAUGUGUUGAUGGUGCAUAUGAUACAGGCAUACGGGCAGCUGAAGAUAUUGCACAUAUUGGAUUACAUUUAAAAAAUAAUGAAAAUCAAAAUUAUAAAACUGAUGUGUAUAUAUUCCCACAAAAUAAAUGUCCUUUUACAAAUAUACCAUUACCACCUAUAAAAAAAAAAUUCUUGGGUUUUUAUAUAACAGAUGGAAGUGAUGAGGCGCUAACAGAUUAUGAAAGUUCAUCCGACGAUAAUAUUAAUAUAAAUAGUAAUAAUAUAAAUGGUAAUAAUAUAAAUAGUAAUAAAAAUAAUUAUUAUUAUAAUAAUAUUCCCAUAUCUGUUAUGAAAAAGGAAUAUGAAUUCUUAUUAUAUUCCUUACAGUCCAUACAAAAUAUAUUCAAAUAUCUGAAACAGCAAAAUACACAUAAAAAUCUUAAAUUGGAUAAACAUAAAAAUGUUAUAAAAAAAGAAACUAAUGUAUUAAAACGUAGUACAUAUAACAAAGAAAUUAUAUAUAAUACCUACGAAUCAUUAACAAACAAUUCUUUAAUUAAUUUUGAAGAUAAGAAAAAUAACGAUGUUAAGAGUAAUUGCAGUACCUUAUUAGUAAAUGUAUGUGAAUAUAAUAAUAAAGGUACUGAUGAAAUACAGAAUUUUGAUAGAACCAACUCUAUUAAUAGUUAUAAAAAUGGUUCAUUUUUUUUAGAUUUAUACUCACAAUAUAGUGAAAAUGAUAAUAAUAAGAAUGAAGCAAAUUAUAUCUGUACACUUGAAAGUUUUAAUAAUGUUCAGAGAAAGUAUAAAGGAGAUGAUAAUGACAUUUAUAUUGACCCAUAUAAUGACCCAUAUAAUGACCCUUAUAAUGACCCUUAUAAGGACCCAUAUAAUGACCCAUAUAAUGACCCAUAUAAUGACCCUUAUAAUGACAAUUGUGCUGCUAAUUAUAACAUCGAAACCUAUUCCAAUAUAACAAAUAAGCCCUUUGAUUAUAUUAAUAAUAUUUCUAAUUUAUUUAUAAAUAAAUAUAUUAUUAAAUUGAACGAUGCUGUAUUUUAUAACUAUAAUGAAAUAGAAAUGAAUAUAUUAAAUAAACCGUAUAAUGUUCCAUAUAAUAAAUCAUAUUUUAUAUUAUUGCAAACUUUUUCAAAUAUAUUUAAGAAAUAUUCUAAUUUCAUUUAUUUUAUUCAAAAAGAACUAUUUUUAAAAAUACAAGGGAUGAAACAUAUUCUUUUUGAUAAUAAUCAUAUGAAUGAUAUGGAUAGAAACAAAAAUAUAUAUGAACAAAAUGAACAUAUAAUAAAUGAGGAUGAUAAAAAAGAGACAACUGUUCAUGAGACAAUUAAAGAAGUGAAUAAUAUGAAUAAACUGGAAUUGUCUUUGAAUUUAUUAAAGUCAAAUAUAGUAUGUAAUAAUUAUGAUAUAAAAAGAAUUAAUAUUAUUCCAAAUGAAUUAAAUAUUAAUGACAUAAAUUUAAAAAAUAGUACAAGAAAAAAUAAUAAUAUAAAUAAUAAGAAGGAUGUGUUAAUUGAAACAAAUUCGGAUAUAUAUAAUAAUAUCGAUUUACAAAAUAAAAUAAAAAACAUAUAUAUUAAUAACAGAAAAAUAAGUUACUUAAAUGAUUAUUUAAAAUAUGUAUUAAUACAUCUAUCAAUUAGUAAAAAUAUAUUAGAUGAACAAAUUAUUAAUACAAAUAAUAAUAAAUGGAAUUCUUGUAGUUUUCUUUUUUUUCUUUGUUAUAUUUUACAGUAUAUAUUAAAACAAUUAAAAUAUGAUUUAUUUCAUGGUAGUAUUAAUACUAAGGUAGUUAUUCAAUUAUUAUGUGAUUAUAUUUAUUAUCUUAUUUUUUGUAAGCAUGAUAUUUUAUGUUAUAAGUGUAUGAACGGUGGAGAACUAAAUAUGUGUGAUUCUUAUAACUGUAAUAAUGCAUGGCAUACUUAUUGUUUAAGCCCUAAUGAACAUAACAUGGAUAAUAAGAAUGAUAAAUUUUGGUUAUGUCCCAGCUGUUCAAAUAUUGAUAAGUCUAAAUAUGUUCAGAGAGGUUGUUAUAAUCAAAAUGAAAUUAUGGAAAAUUACUGGAAGAGAAGAAUUUAUAUUUAUAAAAUAAAAUUUUUCUUAUCAAGAACAAGAAAGAUAAGAAAAAGACUAGAUUUAUUGAAGGCUCACUUAUCAAGAAGUGUUCCUUAA